AUGGACACUUCAUCACAGGUCAUCAGCCAUGUUCACGAAUUGGUCACCCGUGCCGGCGGCGUUAGCACGGGAGAGGAGCGGCCGCCUAUCUUCAAGGCAAUUGGCAUUGCCUUAGCUGUUGGCUCAGGAGCCUUCAUUGGGACAUCGUUCGUACUGAAAAAGGUUGGCUUGCUCAAGGCCAACGAGAAAUACAACGAAGUCGCAGGCGAGGGAUAUGGAUACCUCAAGAAUCUCUACUGGUGGGCCGGCAUGAUCUUGAUGAUCAUCGGCGAAGGCCUCAAUUUCGCCGCCUAUGCCUUCACUGAUGCCAUCUUGGUCACGCCUCUAGGUGCGCUCUCAGUCGUCAUCACUACCAUUUUGUCGGCCAUCUUUUUGAAGGAGCGCCUGAGCGUCAUCGGCAAGGUCGCGUGCUUCUUGUGCAUUGUCGGCUCGGUCGUUAUCGUUAUGAAUGCGCCACAGUCCUCUGCUGUUGCAAACAUCCAACAGAUGCAAAAGUUCGUCAUACAUCCGCUCUUCCUCUCGUAUGCCGGCACUGUGAUCAUUGGUUCCGCCAUCGUGGCGCUUUGGCUGGGUCCAAAGUACGGCAACAAAAACAUGCUCGUGUAUAUUUCCAUUUGCAGUUGGAUUGGUGGCCUCAGUGUCGUGGCGACUCAGGGGCUGGGAGCUGCUAUUAUCGCCCAAGCCCAAGGGACCCCUCAGUUCAAUCAGUGGUUUCUCUAUGUGCUGCUGGUGUUUGUCAUUGCAACCCUCCUGACCGAGAUUGUAUACCUGAAUAAAGCGCUGAACAUAUUUAACGCGGCCAUGGUUACGCCCACGUACUAUGUUUACUUUACCAGCACUACGAUAAUCAGCUCAGCAAUACUCUUUCGUGGCUUUAAGGGCACCCCGACAUCCAUCAUUACGGUUGUCAACGGCUUCUUGACCAUUUGCUCUGGCGUUGUGUUGUUGCAACUGUCGAAGUCCGCGAAGGAUGUCCCGGAUGCUGCCGUGUUUUCCGGUGAUCUGGAUCAGAUUCACACUAUUGCCGAGCAAGCACAGCCCGAAACAGAACCCAAAGCUGACGCCAUUCGUGGGACUGCAGCCAUCAUCAGGAGGCUGUCGGCAGCCAGGGAGAAGAUGGAGUUGGAAGAGUUGAGACGUUUGCGUGAGGAGAAGCUCCAGGAGAGCCUUGCACCUCCCAGCGAGACGGGCGCGCCUCAGUACGAAUGGGAUGGCAUACGGCGGCGGAGAACGACCACGUUCGGUCCACGCUCGAUGACAGCUCCGUCUCCCACACCAACCCAUCUUGCACCGCCGACGCCUCACCCGCCUUUGGGCUGGUCGCGUUUCCCGACCGAAGAGGAGCUCGCACAGGCGAACCGGCCCGUUUCGCCCGCCCUGUCGAGCUUGGUUGGCAGCAUUCGCAGCCGAGCUCGUUCCGUCCUGCUGCCUGGUCAUCCCGAUUUCCGUGAACAAGCCCCACAUAAGGUGCAGAGCCCGAUGCAUCCGGUCCAGUUGACCUCAGUGGCUGUCGCAGGUGCCAAACCACCGAGUAUACCAGAAUAUGAUUCUGAUGGCAACGGCGAAGGUAGCGGACAGGGUCUGUCAUAUUCAAAACGUCGCGUGCAGACUGCUGGAGCCUGCAGCCGCAACGUGUCUGGCGGGAGUGACGCUGGAAGUGGUCGCUUGCCACCAGGCUCCCCCGGCCAGUCAGGCAGGCGCCAGUUUUCGUUCCAAAAUAUGUUCAAGCGCUUCCAUGCGCAUGAACAUGGCGGCGAUGGUGCCGUGGAAUCGGGUCAGUGGUUUGCAGCCCGCGGCAGGGCGACUCCUCGCGGCUACUCGAGCCCACAGUUGAAGGGUGCAACGGAAGAGGAGAUGCUCGGCCUCGUCAAGAACGACGGUAACACUAAGAGAGUACCCGCUGUGCGGGUCUACGAAUACAACGACGACGAUGAUGACUCCACGGAAUACAUUGAUGAUAAAAAAACACGCUAUGGUCGCGGCAUCACCCAUGGGUAUAGCCAGAGCCCUCCUCGUGGCGAGGGCAGUGAAAAGGAUGAGAAGGAAAAGGAACGAGAGGAGCUGGAGGCCUACGAGAGGCACCGGAGACGGUUCCGGCGUAACCAGAUUGAGAGCAGUAGCGAUGAAGACGAAUGGCCCUCUCAACAACCGCGACACGAGGGACCUGGCCCCGGGUUCAUCUGA